AUGGACCAGAACGGUCUGGCAUUAAACCUUACGAAUGCACUUGUGAAGGAAAUGCAUCAAUUAUUAGGCUCUGGUGUUGCAACACGAGCUCGUACCGUUUACUCCCAAACAGCUGCGGCUAUGAAAUUCCCUGUACUACGGAUGGACCAAUUACAUACCGUGCGAUGGUCAGCAAGCCUGCAAAACUCGCUCUCGAAGAUACUCCGCAUGUAUCCCGUUCUCAUAGCAACUUUGCAAAAAUUAGCGAGAGACAGCGCCGUUUCCCCGAAAAUGAAAAUGCGAGCUGAAGCAGCCGCUUUUGUUCUAAAUGAUGGACACACUUUUAUCAUACUUCACCACGUGAAUGCGACUUUAUCGCAUUUGGCUAGACUUUCGCAGUCAUUACAAAACGAAGAAGCCCUGUUGGUGGAUUAUGUUUCGCGCUGGCGGCAUUUCGAUUCCCUAAUCAAUCGCGAAAUCAUAAAAAACCAGGUGUACGAAAACCUAGCUCUCAGUGGAGUACUUCUACUACAGAAUACUCAAAGCCAGCAAUAUCACAAAGUGGAUACUCAGUUCCUGAAAAGCUAUCACACUUUGCCCCAGGACCAUGUGGAGUUGCUCGGUUACGAUCCUACUAAGUUUCCUGACUACCGCAGAAAUAAAGCAUCCCAUUCGGCAACAGAUGAGAUACAAGAAACAAGACCACUGACAAAGGUGCAGAUGUUCCGUCCCAUCAAAAGCUUUGAAUCACUGGCUUCACAAAUUCAGGAUGAAAGCGGUUCCGCAAAACGAACAGAGAGCAUCUUUGAUGCCUCCAUGCUUGAAGCUGUUGCACUCGGUAAAGCAUAUCGCGACAUCGUAGCUUUGAGGCAGAAAACUAAUUGUAUUAACAAAUUUUACGAAGAUGUGCGAACAAGUUUUCAACGCUAUAUGGCGCCUGAAUCUCGACCCACAGAAGCUAGUGCUUCCUUCCACUAUGCUUUGGACAGACAUACAAUCCUUGACAUCAUCGAAUGCAAUGGUGAUUAUGACACCUUCAAGAACUGCGUUCUGCCCAGCAUCUCGGCGGAAGAUCGUGGGUAUCCUGACUACAUUGACGAUGAAGGAAAUGUGGACAAAAUCAAGCGCGAUAAACUUAUAUUGGAAUCUAUCAAUGCCAUUGAACGGUUCUGUUCCUUACCUGGAUUGUACAAGUUUUUCAUGGAAUUUUAUAACUCCAUUGCUGGAGCGGUUAAAACACUCAAAACGUGGCCACGCAAUUUUCGAGAAGAUAAAACCAGUGUCAGGUUCUACAAAACGCUGCUCGACAACGGCGAAGAUCUGAGGAUUCCAUCCGACGUGAGGGAGGUGAGAUAA